CAGGUUUACUAAGUAGGUGACUGUACCAUCAUUAAAAUUCUAGAAUCGCCUGUUCCACCUCUCCUCAGUUUUGUAACCGCUACGCAGAGAAACGCACGUACGCGGCUGUAUGUGCAGUGCCGUGGUAACAAUAUUUUUCAAAAAAAAAUUACGGCUGUUUUGGCGCGAGUUCAAGAAUAUUACAAAGUUAUGGAGUGCUUAAGGAUUGUAUUGUUUACGCUCGUCCUAAUCCUCAGCCUGCUCACCUCGGCAGAUUCUACAGUUCCCCAGCCAAGGGCACCUAACUUCCAGUAUUUUGAGAGGCCAAAAUACCGGUAUCCGUAUUACGACGAGAACGGACGAGGAAAGCUUCUCUACGGCUACGGAGGCCCGGAGCUGUACCAAUACAAGUCCUAUUCGCCCUUGGAAGGGAUCCAUUGACACCCAAACAUACUCAAGUAGUUAAUUGCAUCAUUUCGCCUCAGAUUGCAAAGGGAUUAUUAUAUCUCGUUAGCCGGAGACUUUCUGCUGAGAGGGACAGCUAGAGGAAGGUAUACGUCAUUUCCCAGUCGCUCUCUAGCAGAUGGUGUCCAGCGGAAGCAUAGAUUUACCAACACCUCAAGCACCUGACCGCUUAGUAUGACUCGCGUUGUCGCGCGGGACUCCAUAUCAAGCGCGACUUCAAGUAUGGAGUCGCGCGUGACAACGCAAGUCAUGCUAACCGAUCUGAAGUAAGAGCCCAGUCACGCUAAGUUUUCAAGCCAUCAGCUGCGCCAACUAUGGCACUUCAAUACAUUUUAGGUAUAUCACCGCCAAAUGCCAAGUCGGUGAAAACUUAGCGUAGACUGACACUAAAACCCAUGAUCAAACAUUUACUAUUCUACAUAAUUUAAAUUGUAUAAAUUUAAAUAGGUACUU